CAUCACAAAGAAUACCCGUCUCAGAAUGGGUUUGGGCUGCGGUAAAUUAAAUGAACAAGGGUUAAGAGCAACUGAGUAAAGAAUUCUCCAACGGAGAAAUCAGAAUUCAGCAUUCAAGCCAUUCAGAGUCAGCUGAACAGUCUGAUGCCAGCACUCGCGUUUUCACCAUGGAGAAGCUGGAGAGAAAUCAUCCAAACAGGCAAGUGAUUCCUUUCCUUUUUAUGCUGCUUUGGGAUCGGGUUCUAACGGUGCCUACUCGGUACUCUAUCCUGGAAGAAACAGAUAGUGGGUCCUUUGUAGCCCAUCUGGCAAAGGAUCUAGGCCUGAGAUCUGGGGACCUGACUGCCCGGUCUGCACGGGUGGUGUCUGACUAUGACAAACAGCAGUUGAUUCUGGAUCCCGAGACUGGGGAUCUGUUUCUGAGGGAGAAACUAGAUCGGGAAGAGCUUUGUGCCUCUGUGGAUCCCUGUGUGCUGCAUUUCCAGGUGUUCCUAGAAAAGCCAGUGCAAUUUUUUCAAGGAGAAUUAUUGAUCCAGGACAUAAAUGACCACUCACCAGAAUUCCCAGAUAGGGAAAUGCUCUUGAAAAUACCAGAAAACAGCCAGCCAGGCACUCUGUUACCACUGAAUUUAGCCCAGGACUUGGAUGUGGGCAGCAAUGGGCUACAGCAAUAUACAGUCAGCCCCAACUCACAUUUUCAUGUCCUCACUCGAAAUAACAGUAAAGGCAAGAAAUACCCAGAGUUGGUGCAGGACAGAGUCUUGGACAGAGAGGAACAGGCAGAGCUGAGCUUGACCCUCACAGCUCUGGAUGGUGGCUCUCCACCUAGGUCAGGAACAGCCAUGGUUCGAAUCCUGAUCCUGGAUAUCAAUGACAAUGCCCCCGAAUUUGUGAACACCCCCUAUGAGGUGCAGGUCCUGGAGAGCAGUCCCCCAGACUCCCCAGUCCUGACUGUCCUAGCACAGGAUGCAGAUGCUGGCAACUUUGGGAGAGUUUCCUAUGACUUGUUCCAAGCAUCAGAUGAAAUUCAACAAACCUUCUCAAUAAAUGAAGUCACAGGAGAAAUACGAUUGAGAAAGAAACUGGAUUUUGAAAAAAUUAAAUCUUACUGUGUACAAAUCGAGGCCACAGAUGGAGGAGGUCUUUCUGGGAAGGGAGAGGUGGUGAUAGAGGUGGUGGAUGUGAACGACAAUGCCCCAGAACUGACCAUAUCUUCUCUGACCAGCUCAAUCCCAGAAAACGCUCCUGAAACUGUGGUUGCUAUUUUCCGAAUACGAGAUAGAGACUCUGGAGAGAACGGGAAAAUCAUUUGUUCCAUUCCAAAUACUCUACCAUUCAUUUUAAAACCCUCUAACAAGAACUUUUACACCUUGGUGACAGAGAGCCCUCUGGACAGAGAGAGCAGAGCUGAGUACAACAUCACCAUCACAGUCACCGACCUGGGCACACCCAGGCUCACAACUCAGCACACCAUAACAGUUCAGGUGUCCGAUGUCAACGACAAUGCUCCCACUUUCACCCAAACCUCCUACACGCUGUUUGUCCAGGAGAAUAACAGCCCCGCCCUGCACAUAGGCACCAUCAGUGCCACAGACUCAGACUCAGGCUCCAAUGCCCACAUCACUUACUCUCUGCUGCCCACCCAAGACCCGCAGCUGGCCCUCGACUCGCUCAUCUCCAUCAAUGCCGACAACGGGCAGCUGUUCGCGCUCAGGGCUCUGGACUAUGAGGUCCUGAAGGCCUUCGAGUUCCAAGUGGGCGCCACAGACCAAGGCUCUCCUGCGCUCAGCAGCCAGGCGCUGGUGCGAGUGCUGGUGAUGGACGCCAACGACAAUGCGCCCUUCGUGCUCUACCCGCUGCAGAACGCCUCUGCACCCUGCACAGAGCUGCUGCCCAGGGCGGCAGAGCCAGGAUACCUGGUCACCAAGGUGGUGGCAGUGGACCGUGACUCUGGACAGAAUGCCUGGCUAUCAUUCCAGCUGCUGAAGGCCACGGAGCCCGGGCUGUUCAGCGUGUGGGCUCACAAUGGCGAGGUGCGCACCUCCAGGCUGCUGAGUGAGCGCGAUGCUCCCAAACACAGGCUGCUGCUGCUGGUCAAAGACAAUGGAGAUCCUCCAAGAUCUGCCAGUGUCACUCUGCAUGUGCUGCUGGUGGAUGGCUUCUCUCAGCCCUACCUGCCUCUGCCAGAGGUGGCGCGCGACCCCGCCCAGGACGAGGAUGCGCUCACUCUGUACCUGGUCAUCGCCUUGGCUUCUGUGUCUUCCAUCUUCCUCUUGUCUGUGCUGCUGUUUGUGGGGGUGAGGCUGUGCAGGAGGGCCAGGGCGGCCUCUCUGGGUGGCUGCUCUGUGCCUGAGGGACAUUUUCCUGGUCACCUGGUGGAUGUCAGCGGCACUGGGACCCUUUCUCAGAGCUACCAGUAUGAGGUGUGUCUGACUGGAGACUCUGGGACUGGUGAGUUCAAAUUCCUCAAACCCAUGAUCCCUAACCUGUUGUUUCAGGAUUCUGGGAGAGAAGUUAAGGAAAGUCCUCACUGCAGAGAUAGCUUUGUAUUCAGCUAAGUGAUGUAAAUUCCUAGACAUUGUCCCACUCUUUUAAGAAAUGAUCUUGUUUCUAAGAAGCUCUUCACUAGUCUAACCUGCUUACAUCCUUAAUUCCGCUGGUUUUUUUUUUUAUUGGUGUGAAGGUACUAGGCUUUUAGUUGUACUAAGUAUAUUUCAUAUUUUUCUCUGCAUAAGAAUAUCUCUUUGUUACUAAUACUCCCAUAACCCUAAAUAGCCCAAAUAGUAUAACAUUUUCUCUGAAUGAUACUCUUAGUGAUCUUCCAAGACAUUUUAGUGCCCUCAAGAAAACUUGUGUUUGUGUAUAAAUUUGGGAUUCUUGCCCUUUCUAUGCGAUUUUAUCUUUUCAAAGGUAGAUUGUUUAAAAUGUCUUAUGUUGCCUGGAUCUUUCUGCAUGAAUGGGAAGCCGCAUUAUGUCAUGUUCACUUUCAGGCUGAGUGCUCUGAAUAGUCAAGUCAUAAAAUUUAAACUGUAUGUGAAUGUACACAAGGAUUGUGACACUUUUUGUUUGUGAGCAUCAUGCAUGUUAGUGGGCCUGUUUAUUUGGUUGCAAGUGUUCUAGAAAUGCUAAAAGUUUAAGUUUUGAAUUCUAA